AUUUUUUAAUUUAAAGAUUGAUUUUUUUUUUUUAAUAUGGGUAGGUGAGGCAAGUGACCGUUCAAGAUUUCCAGCAUCCUGCUAUUCUGCGCACACUCAACAACCCAAACCCCAAAACUAAAACUUCUUGAAAUCAAUCUGUUCUUACCAAACACAUCUUAGAGCCUCCAUAAACAAAACCCAGAAAGCCAUUUUAUACCAUUACCUCAAAACAAUUCGCAAUUGAAAAUGGCGCAGGUUAGCAAUAUGGCCAAGGGAGUUCAAACCCCUCAUUUUUGUGCUAAUUUGAGGAGACCCAAGAACCCCAAAUUUCAAAAGAUUGUAUCUUUUGGGUCAAAUGUUAAUGAUUUUGCUAAUUCUUGUGGGUUGAAUUGUAAAAGGGUUGGUUUUAGGCCUUUAGUUGGUGAUUUUAAAGAUAGGUGUUCGUUAAAGAUUGCAGCUUCAGCUGCCACCACCACUGAGAAGCCUUCGAUUGUGCCUGAGAUUGUGUUGCAGCCCAUUAAAGAGAUCUCUGGUACUGUCAAGUUGCCUGGGUCGAAAUCGCUUUCGAAUAGAAUUUUGCUUCUUGCUGCUCUUUCUGAGGGAACCACUGUUGUAGACAAUUUAUUGAACAGUGAUGACGUCCAUUAUAUGCUUGGUGCCUUGAGAACGCUUGGGCUACGAGUAGAAGAGGAUAGUGCAAGUAAAAGAGCAAUUAUUGAAGGUUCAUCUGGUCUCUUUCCUGCAGGAAAGGAAUCUAAAGAUGAAAUUCAACUUUUCCUUGGAAAUGCCGGAACAGCAAUGCGUCCGUUGACUGCUGCUGUCACUGUAGCCGGAGGAAAUUCUAGUUACAUACUAGAUGGCGUGCCCCGGAUGAGAGAGAGGCCAAUUGGUGAUUUGGUUACAGGUCUUAAGCAGCUUGGUGCAGAUGUUGAUUGUUUUCUUGGCACAAACUGUCCCCCAGUCCGAGUAGCUGGAAAGGGAGGCCUUCCUGGUGGAAAGGUCAAGCUUUCUGGAUCAGUCAGUAGUCAGUACCUUACUGCUUUGCUCAUGGCAGCUCCCUUAGCAGUUGGAGACAUUGAGAUUGAGAUAAUCGAUAAACUAAUUUCUGUACCAUAUGUUGAGAUGACCCUGAAGUUGAUGGAACGAUUUGGUGUUACUGUAGAGCAUACUGGUAACUGGGACAGGUUUCUGAUUAAAGGAGGUCAAAAAUACAAGUCCCCAGGUAGUGCUUAUGUAGAAGGUGAUGCCUCAAGUGCUAGUUACUUUUUGGCUGGUGCAGCAGUGACUGGUGGAACCAUAACUGUCGAAGGCUGUGGAACAAGCAGCUUACAGGGUGAUGUGAAAUUUGCUGAGGUUCUUGGUCAAAUGGGUGCUGAAGUAACCUGGACUGAGAACAGUGUCACAGUUAGAGGGCCACCUCGCAAUUCUACCGGAAGGAAACAUUUGCGGGCAGUUGAUGUCAACAUGAAUAAAAUGCCAGAUGUUGCUAUGACCCUUGCUGUAGUGGCACUUUUUGCGGACGGUCCAACAACAAUAAGAGAUGUUGCUAGCUGGAGAGUGAAGGAGACUGAGCGAAUGAUUGCCAUUUGCACAGAACUCAGAAAGCUAGGAGCAACAGUUGAAGAGGGUCCAGAUUACUGUGUAAUCACUCCGCCUGAGAAAUUAAAUGUGACCUCAAUAGAUACAUAUGAUGAUCAUAGAAUGGCCAUGGCUUUCUCUCUUGCUGCCUGUUCAGAUGUUCCUGUCACUAUUAGGGAUCCAAGCUGCACUAAAAAAACCUUCCCCGACUACUUCGAGGUCCUCCAGAAGUUUUCAAAGCAUUAAAAAAAAAUAUUUAAUUUGUACCAAGUAAAGAAAUUGGACAUGGAAGUGAGUUCAUGGUAAUCAUAGGAAAUGCCAUUUGGGAGGUAUACAAUGUACAACCCAUCUACAUCUCAGUUCUUUUAGCAGUGUUUAAAAUAUGCUUGCCAGAAUAAAUUCUCAAAGAAUGUGUAUGUUAAUGCCAACUGUAAUCUGUAUCAAAUUUUGAUCAUAUAAUGUUCAAGAAGAGUGAUUUGUACA